AUGAGGCGGUUGAAGGUGGACAGGUCACGGUGGACCGCUCCUCCAUUUUACGUCUUUGUUAUCAUCACCAUUGCUUGCGGGAGUAUCCCUAAAGGUUACGAUGAGGGCGGAUACAGCGCCUCUGUGCGCUUGGAUUCCUUCGAGGCUGAUUUCAACCUCCUCUCCUCGAACUGGACAAAUGACCCAACCGGGCUAGCGAACCGCACGGCGAAUAUAACGUCAUUCAACAUCCUUGGAGCGGCGCUCGGAGCCUUGAUAUCUCUGGACUUAAAUGACCGGCUGGGUAGACUACAGUCAUGGCGAUUAAGUUGUGUCGUCUGGGCAUUCGGCAUGCUCAUUCAGGUGUUCUCCUCUGGGAUUUACGGACUGUUGCUGUUUGCUAGGAUAUUUAGCGGUCUCGGUGCCGGGGCGUUGACCGUCGUGACGCCACUAUAUUUAUCGGAAAUUGCCCCUGCACGUACAAGAGGUUUGGUUGUUAGCAUUUACAUGGUUGUUUUGCUGGCAGUCUUGUCCCUUGGCUUCUUCAUCAACUACGCCGCUCAAGUCCAUAUGGCAGCAACACCACGGCAAUAUCGCCUGGUGCAAGCUAUCCCUAUAAUUCCCGUUGGAGUCGCGUUCAUGGCCUCGCUCAUCCUUCCCGAAACUCCUCGUUACCUCAUCUCACGAUGUCGCCUUGACGAAGGCCGUGGCGUCCUUGCUCGCCUCCGCGGAAAAGACAUAUCUUCUCCAGAAGUAGAUGAUGAAUUCCGCCUCAUAACCACGCAAACCCGUCUCAGAGCGCACACCUUAUCCUUUACUACCAACUGGACUGCAUUCAAGGAAACCCAAUCGAACCCCAAUUACCGCCAACGCUUCUGGCUCCUAAUGGCCAUGCAGACGGUAUCACAGUGGACCGGGGGCAAUGGUAUUACAUACUAUGUUUCAAGCAUCUUCGAAACCGCAGGUGUCACGGGAGACGCCAUCUCCCUCGUCUCCUCAGGUGCCUACGGAAUCGUCAAGCUCAUUUUCACUAUGGCGUUUACAUGGGGGUUGAUCGACUAUCUAGGUCGCCGCCGCUGCACUCUCCUCGGGUUAUCCCUUCAAAUGGCCGCGCAUAUUUACCUAGCCUGUUACAUGGGAGUUCUACGCCCCACAGGGACAAACCCUAUAAACAAGCCCGCCUCCGAUGCAGCCAUAACAUCGAUCUUCGUCUACGCCGUCGGCUGGUCCAUCGGCCUAUGUACAAUUCCCUACCUCUACGGGACGGAGAUUUUCCCCACGCGCAUCCGCAACAUUUGCUAUGCAGUGAGUAUGUCGCUGCACUGGUUCUUUCAGUUUGCAGUUGUCCGGGUGACGCCGAACAUGUUCGUGUCGUUGCAUGACUGGGGUGCGUAUCUCUUUUGGGCGCUGGUUUGUUUUGUCGGAUUGAUUGUUCUUGGGAUCUGGAUGCCCGAGACUAAAGGGGUGGAUAUUGAGCGAAUGGGUGAGCUUUUUGAGGGGCCCUGGUAUCUCAGGUGGCGUGCAAAGGUUAAACCUGAAGAGAAAGCUGAAGGCCGGAAAUAG